UGGAAACAGUGUGACAAAUAUGGUCACUUUUGAUUCUUGUAAAACUAGAAACAACACAUGGAAGAAAGAUAUGUUUCCCUGGUUUAUUAUCUAAUAUCUGCUCUAUAGAACAAAAUCUUGAUGAAGGAUUUAAAAGGUUUUUUGUCUUGUACACCAAAAGCCUUAAAGGGCCAAGAAGGAUAGCUUGGUGGAAAGAUGCCUGCUGUCUGGUUUGCUCUCAAGAGAUCGUUGCACUGUAAAUCAGGGCCAGCAGAUGUUCACGAUCCAAAGGUGAGUGGAAACAAAAAUGAUAAUAAUCUGAGCAAUAUUUUGACAAAGAAAACAGGCAGGUCUGGAUGUUCAAGGUCUAUUGCAAAUCUCAGAGAUGUUAUUCAUGGAAGCAAGAGGCAUCUGGAGAAGCCCCCAAUAUGUAGUCCAAGAUCCAUCGGAAGCAGUGAACUUCUGAACCCAAUUACUCAUGAGGUGGUGCUCAGUAAUUCAACUUGUGAACUGAAAAUAACUGGCUGUGGUUUCUCAGAUGUUAAUUGUACCAAUGGUGGUGUAGAAAGUGGUUGUUCAGCCUUUGUGGGAACCCUGAAGCCAGGAACUCCAGGCCCUGGAGGCCACCAUCCUAAAGGCCUAGCUAGUCCUGCAAGGAGGAGUUCCAGCAGCCUUUCCAGGAGGAGGGCCUCUGGAUUUGGUGGUAAUAGCUCUAGAACCAGGUAUUCCUUUGGAGCAGAUUCCCAUGGCUUUUCACCUUUAGCCUGCCAUAAAUGUGGUGAGCAAUUUGUAAAGUGGGAAGCAGCUGAAGCACAUCACCUAUCCAAGCAUGCUGUUACUGAACUUCUUGAAGGAGAUUCUUCUAGGAAAAUAGUGGAGAUAAUAUGCCGGACUAGCUCGUCAAAAUCUGAUAACAAUGCUGGAGGAAUAGAGAGGAUUUUGAAGGUCCACAAUAUGCAAAAGACACUAGCUCAAUUCGAAGACUAUAGAGAAACGGUGAAGAUCAAAGCUAGCAAACUUGCCAAAAAACACCCGCGGUGCUUGGCCGAUGGCAAUGAACUUUUAAGGUUCCAUGGCACAACAGUUGAAUGCCCCCUUGGGACGAAUGGCUCAGCCAGCCUAUGUACGUCUGGCAAAUGCGGCGUUUGUCAAAUCCUAAGACAUGGUUUUUCGACGAAUAAGGAAUCGAACAAUGGGAUUGGCGUUUUCACAGCAUCCACAAGUAACAGAGCAUUUGAAUCAGUUGAAGUUUCUGAUGAUAAAACUUCUCUAAGGAAGGCUCUAAUAGUAUGCAGAGUAAUUGCAGGCAGGGUUCAUAAACCACUGGACAAUGUCCAAGAACUGGCUGGUCAAUCAGGUUUCGAUUCAUUGGCUGGAAAAGUUGGCUUAUACUCUAAUAUUGAAGAACUCUAUUUGCUCAAUGCCAAAGCUCUCCUUCCUUGUUUCGUGGUGAUUUGCAAAACAUAAAAGAAAGAUUGCAUUGUUAAAGACAAAAUAUAUAUAAUUUUUUCUGUAUCAAAUUCCCUUCUGCAAUUUUUUUUUCUCUUCAAGGACAAUUGUUUUACUUAUAUUGAACUUUCCAUUAAUGAUCUCGUUCUUUCCUUCUGUAGUUUGAAAGUUGGAAAUGGAAUGGGGGUACUCUUUUCUUUUGGAUUAA